CAGAACCGAUUGUACCCUGGAUACCGCCUCUGCUUACCUGGCCGCGACUUACCCAACCACGGCCACGCGGAUUUGACUUUGCUUUUCUCCUUCUUCCUUUUCCCUUUCCUUACUGUAACUCUGCCAUCCGAUAAGCCUACGAACAGAGCCGACAACCAUGUCUACGACAUUACAAGUGCCCGAUGGAGAUAUGAGUCUCGAUUUGUCUGCGCCUGUAGAUGGCCUCGAAAGUCACAUGGACGAUGGGUAUAUUGAUUACUCCGAAGAUGAGGCCCCAGAGUCCUCUCCGAUCAAGGCAGCCAGCAACAUCUCGAGCUUCGAUGCAAACCUUUCGGCUGGUGAUGCUCCCAACUUCGCGGAACAAGCACCUGGUGCCAUAUUCCAGUCAACCACCGUGAUCGCCACAUCCGAAUUUGAGGUUGCAGAUUCUACUGUUGAGCCCCCCAUGAAUGGCGAUGCUGUCUUAGCUGAGACUUCUGCCCUUGUCGAUGAUGCGUCUGUCCCAGCUCCAUCAGUCAUUGAACCAAAACGCGAACACUCUCAAGAACCGGUGAUAACAUGGGAUGAGGAGCAGUUGAAAAGUGUUGGUCCAGAGGAAGAGAUGAAUGUCGCGCAGAACUCCCACCCGGAUAACGAACAGAGCGAAAGCGAAGCGCCGAAACAGCCCAGCGCGGAUAGCGAGACUGUUGACGAUACCUACGAGGAUGAUGGCGCUGGACAUUUGUCCCCUAAUGAUUUAGUAGAUGAGGAAACCCAAGAUCCCGAGUCAGUUGCAGAUGCCUCGGCCACGGUCCUAUCUUCACAGCAAGGUGAUGAUAGUCAACAUGAGAUUGACUACGAAGAGGCCGCCCCUGAUCAUACUGAGUCUGAGAAGAAACAAGAACACGAUGAUGGCUUGGGCGAGGUCAACCAACUCGGCGAGGACCAUGGUAGUAUCCCAGACACAGGGGAUGACGGCGGCAUGCCAGUGGAAAAUGCAUCCGACUCUGAGGGCCGGGAAUAUGGCGAUGAAUCUAUGCAGGACUUCGAUGGAACCGGCGAUGGGCUGGAGAUCUAUCCCGCAGAGGAUCAAGACGACGAUGCUGACAUUCAGUAUGGCGAAUCUUCCACUGGGUCUCUCCACACGCCCGAGGACGGAGAAGUGGAUAUGCCCAUGAUCACGGUUUCGUGGCGUGGGGCCGACUACCCUUUGUUCUACCACUCCCCCGGUAGCGAGGGCAGAGAGUGCUUUUUUGAUGACCUGAGUUUGCUGCAAUGCAAAAUGGAGGAGCUGAUCGCCAGCUUUCGAAGAGAACUGGGCAACGAUUUAAGCGACGUCGACGAGCUCGUCUUCCAGGUCGACGAGCUCGGACUUGAAUUUGCCGAGACGUGCCGGCCUGAUGAGUUCUCGGAGAUUACGCUUGGUGGCAUCCUCCAGAUUUUCGACACCCUCGUGAAGAACAAAGACCCUGAAGCCUCCCGACCCAUGUACUGCUACCUGCUCACGCGGCCUCGAACAGCCAAGAGAUGGCAUGCCUUGAUCGAAGAUGCGUACCAAGGAAAGAACAUUGACGAGGUGUGCUGUUCUUUCCAACCUCAGGGUCACGACUCGGGGGAUGCGGAUAGCAGCGAUGAGGACCCUGGGAUGGCCCUCAUGCAGGUCGACGAUGAAAUUGGAGAUGAUGUCGAAGAUGAAGUGGAAGGCGAGGUGGAGGUUGUUGUUGAGGGCGUUGAGGAUGAAGCUGAACAACUCGAUGGAGAUGACGGUGAAGUUGACCCAAGCUAUACUCUGGAUCAUGGGCUGGAGCAAGAGUUCGAUGACGCGAGGAGUAGCAAAGGUGACGAAGUGGUUGACGAAGAUUUGGAGGCCGUGGGUGCUGCUGAAACUGGUGCUUCGGAACCCACGGACGAUGAUGUUCAUGCUGCGACUUCCAUGCCCGAUGAACUAGCAUCUUCCCAGGCGCCGGAGGCAAAUACUGCCGAAGGUCCAUUGGAUGAGAGCAGAGAGGUCGUUGAGCUGGCUUCGGCAUAUGACGUCUCUGAGACUGCACAUUUCCUCAACCCCACCGAUAUGCAGACGGAUGAUGUCGCCUAUGAUAGAGAGCAGCAAGUUGUAUCAGGCGAUGACGAAGACACCACGACCGUAGAAGCAGUGGCAGCAGGACUCGACAAUGAUGCUGCAAGUAGGGUAAGCCCGGUAUCUAGUGCUACCGCAACCCUGAACGGCGACGACGAGGAAGAUUUCGGGGCCGGUAUCGACCUGAACGCCGACCUAUCCCGCGACGACUUCCAUGAUCAUCCAUCGCCUUCCACGCGGGAGACUCGUCAUGAUGAGUUGGAAGAAAUCGACUGGCGAGAUUACCCCGGUCAAGGGGAUGACGAGGAGACACUCCAUGACACCGCGUCGGUAACCGGGAAGCGGCCUAGAUCGGAGGAGGACGACACGCUCGGCGAAGAGGACGAGCAAGAUGUCAAGCGUCAGCGGUCUUAAGCUUCAUCUUGCCGACACCCUUCUUUCGCCCAUUCCCUGACUAACCAUACUUACAUUGACCCAAGUCCGAACCCCAUUUUGUAGACCCCGACCAUUCGACAUUCGGCGUUUUUUCCGUCCCCCUGCGUCCUGAGGCAGCCGCUUGGUCGCCAGGGAA